UGGCGGAGAAUUAUUGCGACAGCCCUGCCUCACGUUUUUUAUUUCCCUGCCCAUCUUCAGCUUUCUCUUCUCCUACCAUUGAAACUGACCUACCACGCUUAUCAUCAAUCCUCACCAUGUUCGCCUCUCAUGUCAUCGGGAUGCUGCUGGCUGCGGCCUCAGUCAAGGCCAUUCCUGCGUCAUUUGAAGGCUUGAUCACCGCCGAUAUCACCUGGACCGGCCGGGUCGUCGCCAAUGGCUCCAUGGUCAACUUCACUGGCCCCUCUCUCCAGGCCAUCGAGCAGAGCAUUGCUUCUGUCUAUCCCGGCUUUACUUGGGCUACUGCUCCCCAGCCUAACGAUGAUUUUUCUCUGAGCAGCCGUAACAUUGAUGACACCCAAGAUGUCCCCACCCCUUCGUUGCUCAAGUGUUGGGAUGGAGGUGUUGGUAAUGCCGAUGCCUCCCACAUCACUGAGGGCAUCAAUUACCUCCAGAGCGUCCCUGGAUACUGCUCGAAUGGUGCCGGCGCCGCCAACUGCGGACAGAUCAGCUGCAGCUACAACAGCGCCAUCAUGUGGUGCAACAACAACAGGCGUACCUACACCACGCACUGCAAGAGCCUUGCCAAGUAUGCCACAGCUAUUGUCAGGGGGUGCCAGCAUGAGACGCGUGAUUCGGCGCAUGAGACCAUCUGGACCCGCGGCAUCCAGGGAGAUGAGCUUGGGAUUAGCGUCAUUGCCGCGAAGCCAGCGGUUGAUUGCUGAGCAAGAGGAGAAAGGUGGGAGGAACUUUGGUUGCGAGAGAUGACUGGUUAUACAAUGUCAAUCGAUCUGAGGUAGAUGGAGGCAAUCUGCGUAGAAGAGAGAUAUCGCAA